AUGGAGGAAGCUCUAGUGCCUGACGUCGGUAGUUAUCCUCCGAUUUCUUGUGGCGUGGAAAAUGCCACUGGAUGUUGUGAUGCAUCCGCCAUUGAGACCCCCGCUUUGCUGACUACACCUAACAUCCCUCCCCCUCUUGUCGCUCCUGAGGUCGAUAAGAUUACUCAGAGAAAUGCGCGUAGUAGGGAGUUGUAUGCCUCUCGUGUGUCAAAGAUAGCAGGGGAAAAAAAACAGCAACUCCUUGCUCGUAGAAGGCAAUUGUAUGCUUUGAAAAAGGCACGGGGAUGCAGCAACGCUGUUAGUUGUCCUGUAAAUACUGUCUCUUGCAGCAGUACUCCCCUUCUUGCCGCUUCUCCUUUACCAUCCCUUCAGAAUUUGCCCUGCGCUGCUAAAUUUUCCCUCAAUCCAACCCAAAGCGCCUCCCUGCCUGGUCAUCCUGCAUUAGCAGGCCAAACAACGACUGAGUCUUCCGACUCUGUUGUUCCUCCGACAUCCAGUCACACGGCUGAUGUAUUUCGGCCCAUGGCUUGGGCCGAAAACUUUAACGGUAGUGAUGCUAUUCACUUGUUCUUCGGUUCUUUCUUUGCACACUUAUCCGAUCUUCGUGCUCUACCGCUUGCUCAUGUUAUACUUCAUUUCUACGUGCCAGCGGUUCGUGCCGAUCUUCCUUCACAUUCUGUUUCUGCUAGCACAUCUUCCUGGCCAAAUUGUUUGGAUGGUCCCAGCUCAUGGUAUCCUGUGAAAUCCCGCCUGAAGCGGCGAAAUAUGGGUUCGAACUAUCUCUUUCAUCAAUUUAUCCUGCUCUUCCUUUGUAAUGCUGUUUUCAGCACCCUAAAUUUCACUCUAUUCUUCGACGGUGUAGACGUAUCGUGUAUGCUUCAGCAAGCGCCACGAUCAAAGAAGAGGAAACCAUCCUUGAAUCUGUUGAGCGACCCUCCUCUAGAGUCAAUGGUGCUUCCGACUGUUCAAAACUGUGAAUGCUGUCGGGCCAAACUUUUUCCGUUCGAACCCCCAAAUUUCUGUUGCUCGCAGGGUAAAGUUUCACUCGUCAGCCAUCCAAUGCCAUACGCUCUCCGAAGAUUAUUCAUUGGGUUGGAUGAGGAAUCCGUUGAGUUCUGGAAAAAUAUUCGUAGCUACAACAAUAACUUUGCAUUUACCUCCCUUGGUGUCACCUAUGAUCGGGAUUUGACUAUGAACACCCGAGGGAUGUACACUUUUCGCGUGCAGGGGCAAAUGCAUCAUCUCUUGCAUCCUUUGCAGCCGAAUGGUCAUCCUCCUUCUGGUGUUCAGCUCUACUUCUACGAUGAACACGAGGAAAUCUCGUGGAGGAUGCAAUCGACGGAUAAAUUUAAAAAGAGCACCUUGCAGCUGCUCAUGCGUCUCCUUUCUUCUAAUCCUUACACGAAGUUCUUUAGGAACUUGCGCUAUGUGCCGGACCUUGAUCAGAAACAGAUAAUUCUCAGUUGUACUCCUGAUCUGGAUCAGAGGCGGUACAACUUGCCUUCCUGCGAUCAGGUUGCGGCCAUCUUCAGGGAAACUGAAUAUGGUGACGAGUUCAAAAGAGGUGCAGACAUUCGUGUCUACACGGAGAGUGAUGAGAGCUACAAUGUGGAAUCGAGCAUACUGUGUUCUCAGUUUUGGCUGGACCUGCAAAAACUUUUCCUCACUGAGAAUAUGCGAGCAGCUCUUGAUCCAGAUUUCUCUUCGUUCUUGCUUCGCAUUGGCGAAGGUGUAGAACCUGUUGACGAGGAUGGGAACAUUACCUUGCCAUCUGAAAUGGUUGUUCCCUACGACGAUCGUGACAGUGCUUUGAAUAGGUUGACCUUAUAUCGUAUACUUUCCCUUCUUUCUCUUGAAAAAAUAUUCCCUUCUGCUGCUCCUAAUAUGGCGUCAUUUUUGCUAUGCUUUUUCCGCAGGCUUGUUAAGCAUGUACAUACACCAAUGCCUAUCGAUGCGAUCCCUGCUGGUGCCAUUGGGUGGGAUGCUGUUGUUACGGUGCUCGAGAAGCGCAUGCCAUACAAGGCACACAGCAGCCCAACAACAUUCCAAAAAUUCAUUCUACAGGACGAUGAGGGUACCUGUGUUGAGGCUAUCUGCUUCAAUCACGAAAUUCAGCGUAUGGGUGGCCGAUUGCAUCUGUUUAAAAAGUAUCGCAUCCGCAAUGCACAGGUCAAGAAAAUACCCGAGAAGUACAAAGGGAACGACGUUGAUGUGGUUGGGGCCGUUGUCAAGGUUUACCCCUCGAAAGAACUUGCUGGUGAAAGGGGGACACUUACUGUUCAGAAAUAUGUCGUCGUCAAUGAAAACAUGCAUGCUGUCACCAUGUCUCUGUGGAAUGACUUUGUUUCAACUGCUGGAGAACAGAUCAGGGAGAAACUAACCUCUUUCCCAGUUGUUGUUUGCAACCGCAUGCGUGCGACAUUCUUCAAUGGUGCUUCCAUCUGCUCACUGAUUAAUGGGAUUGAACUCUCAACAGGGGGUGCGUCUCAUAUACAAGUCGAUCCUAAGAUUGAGGAAGCAACUCACAUGAAGCAGUGGGUGGAGAACAACUUCAAGACGCUUCAGGCAUAUGUCGAUGCCGGGAAUUCAAUCAAAAUCACAUUACCAUGGAUAAUUGGCUGGGUGAAGGUGAUGGUCACCUUUCGGCAUAUACUGCAGAAUUUCUGGUACAUGGGUUGUCAAAAUUGUAACCAAUCAACUGCAUCUGAGCUUGGACUGGUAUAUCCUUGUAAUGGUUGUGGUCUUAGUCAAAAGGCGUCACCUAGGUGUCGCCUGGAAGCGGAUAUAACUGAUCACUCUGAUACUCUUAGGGGUGUGUUGUUGGGUGAAGAUGCUGAAAAGAUCCUUGCGCAUUCAGCACUGGAAUUCAUGAAAGCCGGUCAUGAGGUUGGUAUUAGUCAAUGUUUCCCGGAAAGGAAAUUGACCUCACUGACGUUCACAACUCUUUGUCAUCAAACAUAUUUUCCUGCCUUGUUAAACUGUCAAAAUCAAAGUAUGCCAGCGAACAGUCGCGCUUCCUUGUCCAGUGCUUGUCUGAAGCAAACUUCACUGAACCUGGUCCAAGUUGUGACGCUGAAGCAAGGUGUGCACGCUGAAGCAAACUUCAAUACUCAUGCCCAGCAAGGUGUGCACGCAUCUGGUGACGCUGAAGCAAUAUCUGUUCUGCCUGAAGGAGUCUCUGUUUCAGAACCCAAGGCAAAGCUGUGCUUGGAUUCAAAGCUUGCGGAAGCUGAUGCUGUGAAGGGAGAUUCCACAAAUGAUGAUCGCAAGGCAAAGCGGCCCAAGAGAGGCUAA